GUCGCACUCCCAACUCUGCAGUCCACGUUCUUAACCACCGUAUUGUACACUUCUGCCUUUUUACUGACCGAUUCCAACUCUUUCAUCCAACACCACUUCCACCCCGCCUGCAGUAUCACGUGCGCACUCAAAAACUUUAUUCUAACCACCAUAACCACCACCACCACUACCACCGGACACACCGCGAACAUUGACGCUUGCUCCUCCACACACUAUGACUCGCACGACUUCGGGUCCCAUGCGGACAAGGAAAAACCGCACCCAUUCGGAAACGCCGUACAAAAGGUCCGGUACGGCUAAACGUUCAAAAUCGCUUUUGGAGCGGGCAAAAGCGUGGAUUAAUUCUUGGAGACAUGGUGACCAUGCAGACGAAAACGAUGGCCGUAACGAAAACGUCGAUAGCUCAGAGACUUUUGAUGACGAUGUAGAAAGUGAAAACGAAAACGAAGACUCGAAGAAUGACUCUUCGAGUGUCUCUUCCAAUGUUGCUGACACAACUUCGACCAGCAUUGAUAAUAGCGGAGUCUUGACGGCCUCUGUUAAUGGCUCGGCAGGUGCGAAUAUUGCACUUGCCCGGUUUUUCUCUCAAAAAGGAGCAGCACCUCUUAAUGAGAUGGAAAUGGAGGGAGUAAUGAGUCUUUUGAAAAAAACCGCUCCAACGACUGGCACAACGACUUCGUUGGCUUCAGGUGCUGCUGCCUCCACAGCUUCACCAUCUGCACUUCAACGGACUCCCGUGUUUCGUUACACCAAACAGCCCGGCUCGGCUGAACGAGUCGGUGUUGCAGGCACUGUCGAGAACGCUGCCCCUUGGUCUGCCUUCCGUUCCACCUUCUCUCCUGCUCCCGCAGCAACAGCAGUUGCUGCUGCCGGUGACUCACUUCUUCCGGCGAAGCGGUUGAGCUUCUACGGUCCCACGCUGUCAACUCCCUUCCGCAAGCGUACACACCGCAAGAGACAUUCUCUUGCUCCGGCCUCCCUUGCUCGGUCCCCCCUGGUCUCUGGGACAGUUGCUUCUAAUGAGAUGGAAGAAAGCGCCUCCAAGCGCUCUCGUCGUCGUUAUUCCGACGUUCCGACAACUACCGCGAUUUCACCAGAGCCAGCAUCGCCUGCUCGUUUUGCAUUCAGUACUUCCAAGACGGAGCAACCUGCAGCAGCCAAAACACCCAGCAAAACAGCUGCUAGCUUAAUGAGUUUCCUUGACGAAACUGAUAAAAAGGCUGCCGCCAGUGACGUCGGUAAAAUCGCUACUGGACGCGAGACGAAAUCCCGUCCCAGUAUCUUGAAUCCCUAUGCUCGUGAUGGUGUGGUCGGCCAUCGGGCUGCGAAGAGGGCCGAGAAGAUAUCAAAGCCCACGGAAGGAGUACCAAAAACUCUCCAAAACAAGGAACUGAAGACGUCUUCAAUUGAGGUCAAGGAAUCCACAACAUCGACCGUGAAAACGUUUGUUCCUAAAGUUGAUUUGUCCAAGGUACCCAAACCGAUUCCUCAGACGUCUACUAAAACUGAGGCUGUUUCAACAUCCGCAGCUGAUCAUACACCCGUUUUUAAAUUUACCGCUCCCAACGCACAAACAUCUUCGGCACCCGCGCCCGCCGCUGCCCCUAGUACUGGCGGCUUCUCUUUCGGUUUUGCGGAGAAGCAGAACAAACCAGCAGGCGGCUUUUCUUUUCAAUUGGCUCCCAAGCCUGAGGCGCCAAAUGCUGUAUCGAAGACUGAUGCUGAAAAGCCCAAGGUGACCUCUUCUGGUUUCGUAUUCCAACCUCCUGCUGCUACGACUUCUAUACCCUCAACGACGACGUCUACGAAGCCUUCUGCCCCUUCCGUUCCCGCAGCCAGUACCGGCUUUCGUUUUGAUGGUGGUAAGAUAAUUGCCCCAGCCGUUAAGGUUGCAGAGAAAAAAGAGCCAACCAAACCGGCAGAAGAACAGUCAAAGACCGCGCAACCCGUCCAGCCUAUUGCUACUCCACAUGUAGCUCCUACUCCUGCAGCAAAAGCCAGUGCAGCUCCUGUCACGAGCCUUCCCACAUUUCCUUUUACCAUUCUUUCAAAGUCAACAGACACUUCAUCCGAAGCUGCCAACGCCUUGUCCGCCGCUGACCUUCCCACGUUUAACUUUUCCGUCGUUCCUAAGGCAGAGGUUCAGGUGAAACAACCAGAGGCCGCGGCUAUUUCCAAGGUGGGCACUUCUGUCUCCACUCCCGCUUCUACACCCUCUGUGGUUUCGGCCGCACCUGUAGCACCCGUAGCACCUCCGGCCACUGGUUUUGACUGGGCUGCUGCUGGUCUGAAAAUGCCAACUUCGGCCCCAGGUUCUUGGACCUGCAAUGUUUGUAUGAUUACAAACAAACCCGAGGCGACCAAAUGUGCCGCCUGCGAAACUGAUCGUCCUUAACUUGCAAGGGGAUAGGCUGAGUGCACUCUGUUAUAAUAAACAACUUUACGAUGGUUUAGUAGCUAUUUUGUCAUUGCGAUGGAAGCGAGAAAAUAGAAAGUACUGUUUUGCUACGAAGUUGACAUCUCUUUAAAAAAAAAAAAGAAUGGAAGAAUGUGUAUGGUGCUCGUGUUAAUACAUUUUGUUCAUUUCUACGAUGCUGUUUAUUGUUGGACAAAAGGGUUGGGAAUCUCCUCGCUUCCGUCCAUCGGCGCCAACAAAACCAACGUUGUACCUCUAACAACAACUAAUCCCAAUUUUCUCGUCUCAUCAAGUACCCGUCCGUCUUCCGGAUCGCGCAGAUUUUCUUCAACGUCGUCUAGUACCAAAUUCAUCAAUUGAUCAUAGCCUUUCAGGACACCGGAAAUUUGACGCCCACCAGUAAGUUUGGCUUGAAUACGUUGGUCUUGGUAGCGGGAUAAAUCUAAGAUGGAUUCCUUUCGAGGACGUUCGCUGUUGACACUGUUAGCACAAAGUAAUAAAGAACGACGGCUGCAUACGUAGGUUGGCUGGAACCACCAGGUCCAGGUCGUUUUUGAUUAUAAGACAUUGUGAACGUAAACAAAGACAGGUACUGACUGGAACCUGCUAAAACGUGAAGACACUCGAGUCUUGAGUAGCAAUUCUUUUGGUGGUGAGAGAUUUGAGUUUGCGGGGCUGCUGAAUUAGUGUGCACGUUAUCCACGCGCUUAAUCGUAGCAAAUGAA